UUCAACCCUAACUUUACAAAAGACCCCACCCUUCAUUUUCUGUAAAUCUUUCGUCCCCCCUCUGGCGCUCUCUCUCUCUCUCUCUGUCACACACAGACACAUGAAAUCAUCCGUCGCUUCGUACCAAAAUACUUUGUAACAGUAUUAUGGGGAAAUACAUGCGGAAGCCCAAGACGACGAGAGAUAUCGACGUCUCUCACUCACCCCUUGGCGUCCGUACCCGCGCCAGAACCCUAGCCCUGCAGCGCCUUAAAUCCUCCGCCACCGUCGCCGCCGAUUAUCUCGAGCUUCGCUCCCGGCGGCUCCAGAAGCCACCGCUCCUCAAGAAGUACCUCCAGAAUUCCCCCAAAAUUCCUAAACAGGGCUUCGUUUGUACAGAUACAGAAAACCCCCAAAUCGGAGGCACAAAUCAGGGUUCUCCAAUUGAGCCUGCCAAGGAAGUGGGCGGAUGCGCCGAGUGGUUAAAUGGGGGUUCUCAAAUUGGGGAUUUGGAGAUUGAGGCAUCUUUCGGUGAAAAUAAUUUGGAUACGGAACCUAGAGAAAGGGGCACAAGAGAAAGCACCCCUUGUAGUAUGAUCAGAGCUGCUGACAGUAUCACAGCACCCGGGUCUUCAACAAAGCGGAUAAGUCCUGAUGUUUCCAAUCGAAGGGCCCAAAAUGCACAUAGAAAUAUCCCGACAGCCCGUGAGAUGGAGGAAUUUUUUUCCCAUGCAGAGCAGCCGCAGGAGCGUCUCUUCAUGGAGAAGUAUAAUUUCGACAUUGUUAAUGAUGUGCCCCUCCCUGGCCGUUAUGAGUGGGUAAGAGUGAUGCCAUGAUCAGAGUUGAUUGUGAGUUUAGGCGGUGCAGUGACUGUGUAACUUACCGUGGUUAGAAUCUCCCAUUAAGGAAGAAGGUAUAAUAUAUAAGUGGCUCCUGCAAUCCUUCAUUGCUGGUAACGUGUAGGAAACUGUAAUAUCACUGAUCUGUAGAAAUACUAGGGCAGAGAAAUUGCAGGCUAACAACCCUUUCUAGAAUUAGAAUCCGCACAGAAUGUAACAUUAGGCUCUGAUAAAGUUCCAUUCAUGUAAGUUGCAGUCAAAGUUACUUAGUUAGGCACUAACUGUUCAUUUUCUUAUCAACUUUGGUGUUGAGAUCCUUGUUAGUUCUCCCCGCCCCGUCUUAUUGAGGCGAAACAUUGUCACCAGUCAGUGGGGACAUAAAUGUUGAAUAUACUUCGUCUUUUAUCAAA